AUGGCAACGUCAAAUAGUAACAAUCAAAUUUGGUCAAAGGUAUCAAUUAAAGAUAAUAUAACUUCAAUAUCAUCACAUUCAUCAGUUUUAUUUAGUGGUGAUGCUAAUAAUAACAAUAAUAAUACCUUAGCAUUUUAUGGAGGAUAUGAUAAUAACACUACAACUACCUCAAUUUUAAGCAAUAUAUUAUUUUAUCAAAUUGAACAACAAAAAUGGGUAGAUCAAGCAAAAGUAUCAAUAAAAACAAAUAACAUAAAUAAACCAAGAUUAAAAAGGAUAGGUCAUUCUUGUACACUAUUAAAUGAUGCUAAUUCAUUCUUUAUAUUUGGUGGCAUGAUAAUUCAACCAACAGCACCAACCACAACUACAACAACAACCUCUUCCCCCUCAAAUGAUAAAGAAGAAUUGAUUAUUGAUUCAAGUUCAAUGAUAUUUUAUAAAAAUAAUAAUAGUAAUAAUAAUAAUAUUGGUGGUAGUGAUAAUGGUACUAUUAUCGAUGGUGAAUGGAAAGAAGUAAUAACAUUUGGUGAUAAACCAUCAGGUAGACAAAGACAUUCAGCAACAUUAGUAAAUAAUAAAAUUUAUAUUUUCGGUGGUAAUGAUGGAUCAAAUACAACCUUCAAUUCAUUAUAUAUUUUAAAUUUGGAUACAAUGAAAUGGUCAAUACCUCAAUGUAAUGGUGAUAUACCACCCUAUAGUUGGGGUCAUUCUUGUACCCUUCAUAAUAACUAUCUCUAUUUUUUUGGUGGAUCAAAAGAAACUAUCAACAACACUUCUCAAUCAUCCGAUUAUAAUAAUCUUUCAAUAUUAGAUCUAUCAACAAAUACUUGGAGGGUAAAUGUUCAAACAUUUUCUCCAACUGGUCCAUUCCCAGUAAAUAGAAUUGGUCAUACAUUUUUAAAAUAUACUCCAAUUAAUAAUAGCAGUAAUAAUAAUAGUAAUAAUAAUAAUUCAAAUUUAAAUAAUGAUGUAUUUAUUUUAAUUGGUGGUAGUACUGGUAAUUUUGGUAAUACUGAAUCAUUAAAAGUUUUAAAUGAUUGUUUUAUAUUCUCACCAGAUUCAUUGAUUUGGAAACAUAUAUCAACCAAUGAAACAUCUAUCCCACCACAACGUUCCUAUCAUACUUCAAAUUUAAUUAGUAACUCUGGUAAAAUAUAUAUAUAUGGUGGUAUUACACCAAUAAUAGGUGGUGAUAAAGAUAUACAUAUACUGGAUGUUGAAAAGAUAUUAUUAAAAUUAGAAAAUCAACCAAAGAAAAGAAUACGUUUAAGACCUGUUAAACUAUCAUCAGAUAAUUCAAAUACAAACUUAAUAUCUCCAACACCCUCCCCACCAAUACUUCCUCAAACAACUCCUUCAAUUUUAAAUAAUGUUAAUAACAACAACAACAAUAAUAAUAAAAAUGAAAACAUCGAUGAUAAUAAUGAAGUAAAUGAAACUAAACCAUCAAUUAAAGAAAAAUCACCACCUAGACAUGUUAAUAAUAAUAAUAAUAAUAAUAAUAAUAAUAAUAAUAAUAAUAAUAAUAAUACCAAUAAUAACAAUAAUAACAAUAUAAUACCUAAACCUCUUUCAUUAUCACCACCACCAUCUCUUUCAUCCUCUUCUAAUUCAUCUAUUACAUUACCAUCUCCUCCAGUAUCAUCUAAUAAUACAAUAAGUAAUUCUAUAAAUAAUAAUGGAAAUAAUAAUAAUAAUAAUAAUACAGUUAAAAAGAUGAAAACACCAUCAACAAUUGUUGAAUGGAUUAACCAAAAUGGGUUACAAAAAUAUAGAGAUAAUUUUAUAAUGAAUGAUAUUACUUUAGAUAAUUUAGGAUUUCUUACAGAAAAGCAUUUAAUCGAAGAUUUAUGUAUUCCUACAUUGGGAGCAAGAUUAAAGAUUUUAAAUUGUAUAAAACCAUAUCAACAAAAAGAAAAAGAAAAUAAUAGUAAUAAUAACAAUAGUAAUAACAAUAAUAACAACGAAUCGUUACAAGAAUCAAUUGCAGUUUUAAAAUCCAUUACAGAUACUUUAUCUUUAACUUUAUCAUCAUUAACUUUAACAAUUCAAAAUUUAUCAUUAAGUAAUAGUAGUAAUAAUUCUACUCCUGGCGAUCAUCAUAAUAAUAAUAAUAAUAGUGUUAACAACAAUAUAAAUAAUAAAAAACAUAUUUAA